GGUGUGCCAUUGCUGACUCGAAAACCUCAACAGGUAGACAACUUGUUUACACACUCACACAUUGAAAAAAAUAAUACCAUCAGCAAUCUAGUAUCCAGUUCGGUUAGUGUAGUUUCGACAGCUCGGUGUGAAAAUCUGCCAACACUAUCUUGUUUAUUGAUGUAAUUUGUUAUACACAACGAAAGGAUCAUUUUUCACACACAGGUGUUUCUGUGUAAAUCAGAUAUGUCUCAGUCGCAUAUUCUAACAAUGAUGGAAGCAGGCGUGAUAGCAGGAAAAAUGAAAGGCGAUCCUUUUGAAAAUGAUGUGAGAAUUACAUUAGAUGAUAAAGAUCUAUGGGAAAAAUUCCGAGCAUUAACCAAUGAAAUGAUAGUCACAAAAACUGGCAGGAGAAUGUUUCCCGUCGUGAAAGUCACAGUAAAUGGGUUAGAUCCUGCUGCAAUGUAUACAUUACUGUUGGAAUUUAUUCAAAUCGAACAGCACAGAUGGAAAUACGUGAAUGGUGAUUGGGUUCCUGGUGGUAAAGCAGAACCACCUCCUCAGCAUGCUGUAUAUGUUCAUCCAGAAUCACCGAACUUUGGAGCUCACUGGAUGAAAGAAUCUGUUUCAUUUGCCAAAGUGAAGCUAAACAAUAAGCAAACUUCUAAUGGACAAGUGAUGUUAAAUUCUUUGCAUAAAUACGAACCUCGAGUACACAUAGUUCGAGUCAGCAGUGAGCAGCAAAGAGCUUUCACGUUUAAUUUUCCAGAAACUCAGUUUAUCGCUGUAACAGCUUAUCAAAAUGAAGAAGUGACUUCUUUGAAAAUAAAAUAUAAUCCAUUUGCGAAAGCUUUUCUAGACGCUAAAGAAAGAACCGAAUCUCCUUCAGCAUGUCAUAGGGAUUCCAAUCAAGAACAGUCGUCUUAUUCUGAUUGUGAUGAAAGAUCUAUGCGUCGUACGCCAUCUUAUCACACUCACGAAUCACCAAACAACGUAUGGAUAUUUCCUCAGUCAUCUUCUGCGGCAAAUUUACCAGUUCCAUCCGAGCACCCUGUACAUAUGAAAGAAGAUCGCCAUGAUAAACACAAAUACCGAUUUUCUCCGUUUUAUCGACCAAGUAGUCAAAUGUGCAACCAAAGAUCAUUAUCUCCAGCUAAUUCACCAGCAGGAAUCUGCACUUCUGAGUCAGAAGACGGCGAUAUGCAACAACCAACCUCGAACGCAGUAGUCUUCUCUUCAAAUCAUUCAACCUGGUCAACCGAACCCAUGGAUACACCGGUAACCCUAACACCGGUACAAUCACAGAUCACUCCUUCGCCAUCGCCAAAUCACCUCCCAAUACCAUCGUCAUCAAAUGUGAACACUACCAAUGCGCCAACGCCUCCGUUUAUGAGUUGGUACUCUCUACCAGAGCAAUCCUAUCAAUUACACCAUUCUCAUCAUCACCAUCAUUACCAGCCUUUGGAGUAUGUUCCUUUACCCAUACCUCAGUCACAACCAGAAUACAUGAACUCGGAUAUUUUGAUUCAUAAAAAUAACUUAUCGUCCACGCCCAAUCGCGAAGAUAGCACUUACGAUUGUAACAUUGAGCAACGUUUGUUUCCGAAGAAUAAUAAUACCGUCGAAAUGAAAUCUACGUCUUCGUGGAUGCCUUCGAGUAAUGGAGAUACGUGUUUGAUUAAAGAUUUAUGAAUUUCUGUGCUGCACAAUACUUCUCAAAUUUUUACGGCAAUGAUUGAAUUUAGACCAUAGUUAUUAGGUAGACAAAUCUCUUUUUAUUCGACCAAUUUAAAUUAAAAUAACGACGAAAAUAAUGUCUUUUCAAGCGUUCAUUUGUACGAUAUAGUUUUUCUUAUAUGUGUGUAGGUAUAGUAUUAUUUUGAAAAUUGAUAUUGAAUCACAGCGUCUCAGGAAUUUUGAUAACAUGAUAGGUAAGGUACCUAAAUUCUAGAAACAUGUAUGUAUAAGAAAGUCUGGAACGACUUUGAAAUACACCUAGUAUCUACGUAAUUUCAUUGUUAUUUCAUGUUAAAUAUAUAUUACCUGUAUUUUAUGA